AUGGACGCGACUGCAAUCCUGAGUGCCAUUGCCUGCGACGAGCAAGCACUCGGAUUCAUGGAGCACGUAACAAGACACGUCUCCAGCGUCCAGGACUACGUCCUGCAGCUCUUGCUCGAGGCCAAUGCUGGCACGGACUACUUCCAAAGGCAUGGCCUCUACGGCAUUCCAACCAAGGAGGAGUUUCGGAGGCUCCUCCCGAUCACCACCUACAGCGACAUGGAAGCGGACUUCCAGAGAUUAGCAAACGGGGACGAGUCGAAAACCAUUUGCGCUGCUCGAGUGCUAGAAAUGCUUACCAGGAAAGCACCGUACGCGAGCCGGGGAAAAUCCUUGCAGUUCUUCUACGUGAGAAAGCCCGGGAUCACAUCCGGCGGCGUCACCACCACCUCGGGCCUCAGUGGCUACUUCACAAGUCCAGCGUUUCGCCAACGCAAGCUCGACCCGGAGUCGGGCUACACGAGCCCGGACCAAGUGAUCCUCUGCGUCGACUAUCAGCAAGCGAGCUACUGCCACCUCCUCUGCGGCCUCACGCAAUCCCAGGAAGUCGUUUCCAUCGGUGCGCCCUUCGCCUCCACUCUUGUCCGAAGCCUCAAGGCUCUCAAGGAUCUCUGGCAAGAACUCUGCGUAGACAUCGAGACCGGCCGUGUGAACGACAACAUCGUCUCGGACUUAUCCGUCAAACACGCCGUGAACGCUUUACUUAAGCCGGAUCCAAAGCUGGCGGCGCUCGUCCGGCGAGAGUGUAGCAAGAGCAACUGGCGCGGGAUCGUCCGCCGCCUCUGGCCGAGAGCACGGAUCAUCCAGGCCAUCGUCACGGGAUCCAUGCAGCAGUACGUGCCAGCGAUCGACUUCUUCAGCGAUGGCCUCCCGAUCGCCUCGUCCAUCUACGCCGCAUCCGAGUGUAGCACACUGGGAGUGAACUUAAGUCCAGUCUGCUCGCCAUACGACGUCCGCUACUCUCCAUUCCCGUGCUUCGUCUACUACGAGUUCCUCCCCGUGAGCUCCAGUUCGAGCUCUUCGCCAAGGCGGGACGAUCUCGUGCAGCUCGCAGAGGUAGAGCUCGGGCGAGAGUACGAGCUUGUCAUCACCACCCGGGCCGGACUAUACCGCUACCGCGUCGGGGACGUGCUCAAGGUGGUGGGCUUCAAAAACUCGAUGCCGCAGUUCUCCUUCGUCGGCCGGGCGGGAGUUCUCUUGAGCGUCGACACGGACAAGACCGACGAGGUGGAGCUCCACACCGCCGUCACCACCGCCGCCGCGGUGAUGGCCAAGAGGAACCGCGGCGACGUCCGCUCCGCGAGUGCUGCUCGGUGA